AUUAGAACCACCACUUCUCUUUCACUCCCUAAUCCCACAACACUCAUGAGAAAAGCAGAGAUCUUGAGUUUGAUUUCUGGGUUCCGAGUAAAACGAGAAACCACCACAGCAGAAACUGUGAUCCUGACUCGCCAACUCUGUGGAAGCGCGAAAAAAUGUCGGUAAGUAUUGCCAAAGAUCACCACUACAGCAAUCUCUCUCCUUCAACAAGGACUCGCAGGAUCGAAGAAGGAAGAAGAGAAAUGAUGGAGAUGAUCCGGAACUUGCCUGAGUCGAGUUACGAGCUUUCCCUCAAAGAUAUUGUGGAUAACCAGCUACCUUUGCAGGAGAAUCAAGAGGAGGAAGAGGAAAAAUUUCAGUUUCCCAGUGCUGAGGCAGAGUCAAAUAAAAACCAGAAGAGGAAGAAGAGGAAGAAAGUCACGAGGACCCCUAGUCAUCAGCAUCAGGUGUCAAGAUGUAAUAGCCUCGAAACAGGAACUUUCCUGAUCAAGAUGUUUUUCCCAUCUUUCUUGGCAUUGAAUAAGAAACCAGCAACAUCACGGAACAGCAGGUUGAAGAUUUCGCCUAGGACAUCGUUUGAAGGGUCCGAUCAGAGGAAUGUGGACAGAGUGUCUAGGAUUAAAAUGAGUCCCAUGUUGUGA